UUACUGGCACACAAGAAACACUGAAAUGAUAUUUCAAAAUGAAUUCUGGGCGUUUUAAUUAGUCUUUGGAGUGCAAACAAAGCCAACAAUGGUGCCUGCUCUAGUGGCCUCUGCUUUGUCACUUUUUGUGUGUCUGUGUGUGUGUUACCUUUACAUUUUUGCUACUUUUUAAAGAGCUUGUCCACCUUUUUAAGAGAAUUCAAGAGCUGCGUUGGAAAUUUACCAGAUUUAAUUAAAGUUCUUUAAUUUGGGGGGGAAAGGCAUCAUCAGGCCACCGUAAUGCCGGGAAAUAUUUUAUUAUUUACAUUUGUUUAGGUUGCAUAAUGUUAAUUUUCAUCAUUUGUGCUUCUCGCAGGUGUGGAGAAUAUCAAGAGCGUCGGUCCAUGGAUUUAUUAGCUUUAAAACAGCGACAUUAUUGCUGGCAGUCUUGAAGCAUGGGUGACUGGAGUUUUCUGGGGCGUCUGUUGGAGAACGCCCAGGAGCACUCGACGGUGAUCGGCAAGGUGUGGCUGACCGUUUUGUUCAUCUUCCGGAUCCUGGUGCUGGGCGCCGCCGCCGAGGAGGUGUGGGGGGACGAGCAGUCCGACUUCACCUGCAACACGCAGCAACCCGGUUGCGAGAACGUGUGCUACGAUCAGGCCUUCCCCAUCUCGCACAUCCGCUUCUGGGUCCUGCAGAUCAUCUUCGUGUCCACACCCACGCUCAUCUACCUGGGACACGUGCUGCAUAUAGUGCGCAUGGAGGAGAAGCGCAAGGAAAAGGAGGACGAACUGCAAAAAGUCAACAGAUUCCAGGAAGAGGAGAAAGAGCAGCUGUACAGGAGUAGCGAUAGCAGUGGGGGACGUCGAAGCAAAAAGGCCAAGCCCCCCAUCCGGGACGAGCACGGCAAAAUCCGCAUCCGAGGAGCUCUGCUGCGCACCUAUGUCUUCAACAUCAUCUUCAAGACUCUCUUUGAGGUGGGCUUCAUCCUGGGCCAGUAUUUCCUGUACGGGUUCCAGCUGCAGCCCUUGUACAAGUGCGCCCGCUGGCCCUGCCCCAACAAGGUGGACUGCUUCAUCUCGCGGCCCACGGAGAAGACCAUCUUCAUCAUCUUCAUGCUGGUGGUGGCUUGCGUUUCGCUUUUCCUCAACCUGCUGGAGAUCUACCACCUGGGUUGGAAGAAGCUCAAGCAGGGCAUGACCAACACUAUCGCGCAGGAGCAAGAGGCCGCGCGACGCUUCGCCCGUACCGACGCCCGCGAGCCGCAGUGCUCGACCCCCGGGACCGGGGGCAAGUACACGGACGUAACGGCCGGCAGCGGGGCCUUCCUGCCCCGGCCGGAGUUUAAGGUGGACAACUUGCAGCAGGAGGAGGCCCUCCGUCAACACGCGCCCGUCGCCCACUACUACAUCAGCAACAACAAUAACCAUCGGCUGGCCGCCCAGCAGAACUGGGUCAACCUGGCCACGGAGCAGCAAACUCGGGAGUUGAAAGCAACCUCCCCCACGCACACAUCUUCCUCCUCCGCCUCCUCUUCCUCAUCCAACCAGCCACCUGUGGUGGACGCCGCCCACAGUGCCACCCCGAGUACCAGUCCGAGUACCCGCAGCAGCCCGGGCUCCGAGAUCAACGAGUCUGAUAAGUACCACUUCACCACCACCACCACGGUGGAAAUGCACAAGCCCCCCGUGACCACCACACCGGACCCUCGGCGAUUGAGUAGGGCCAGCAAGAGCAGCAGCGUCCGGGCCAGAGCCAACGACUUAGCGGUAUGAGCCCCGCUCCGGGCCUCCCUAACCCGGAAAGCGACACUUCCUGGCGGCAAAAGGUGGCCUAUAUCUUUCCGUUUCGCACGUAACCCACCGUGGAGGGACAUUCGUGUGGCUUUGAUACUACUAAAUUGGACUUUGAGCCUUUCAAGCAGAGCCCAGGGAAACGGGUACAUUGACAAGUUAGUGGGCUUUCACACAACUAAGUUUCGGGCGUUAAAUGUUACACCUCGGUCCCCUGAUCCCUUUGCCGCCAAGUGUGAAAGGGGCUGAGAACUCUUUCGGGGAAGAUCUAGUUUUGUUUUGUUUUCUUCUUCUUGCUGCACUGAAUGGACUCCUGCGGGUGCCCGGUUUUAAAUCGGUACCCACAAUGCACUGCAGCACCCGCCCCCCUGAACAGAGCAACGGGCUGGCCCUGAGGGAGUCUCAAACCGCUAACAUGGCACUUGACACAAAAUGAGACAUAUUAUUGAAUUCUACACAAAACAACAGACUUGUCAUUUUGUAAGGAACAUACUUUGACUUUUCCAAACACAUCCAAUGAAGUUGGCUUCACUCACAAAGUAGAAGAAAAAGCAAAGAUGUCAUUCAAACACUUUCACCAAAGCGCUAUCUUCAGGGCCUUUUUAGCAAAAAGAUGCAAUUUCCUAUUUUUACGCAGCAAAAAUGAGAAAAACUUUUUUUCCCCCCUCCAGUUGACAUUUUAGUAGUUGAUCUGCACAUGUAGGAAACAAAAUCUAACAUUGCUAGAACGAGAGAGCGUCCUCUAAGGAACAUCAAAUCUUUUAAAAAAUGUCUUAACAUCUGCUCACAGCAUAGGCAGAGUUUUAAAGAAAUUUGAAAAAACAAAGUGAUUCAUUUUAUGACGACAAAAGUAGAACGUCAGUUUGUGCGUGUUCACGUGUGUGCGCGCGCGCGUGUGUGAAUGCUCCUUUUGUAAAGUUGAUGUAAAUGUUCAUUUACCUCAAAUGUUUACAAAAACUGUUACUAAAUAAAACUUUUUUUGUACUAGA